UGUCCACCAAUCAGCUUUGCUGGAUGGCAGUGAUAGUUCCCUGCAGUCCUUUCUCUCUUUUCACUUGGAAUUGUCCUCUGCUGACAUUGGCACUGUGGGACAGUCAGUGACAUCUCCUUUCUUUCACCUCCCCAUCUCCUUUUGACGAGAAAGCGUGCGUGUCUCUUAUGGGGAUGUGGCACUGGGGACCUGUUUGUGAUAUUAAAGACUUAAUGUACUGGCGGACUGAGCAGUGAAGUAGUCUGAGAGGAAGAAGAAGAGAAGCACAUUGCUGGCAUCAUGUUCCGCAAAAAGAAGAAGAAACGUCCUGAGAUCUCUGCUCCACAGAACUUCCAGCAUCGGGUCCACACCUCAUUUGAUCCAAAGGAGGGUAAAUUCAUUGGCCUGCCCCCUCAAUGGCAGAACAUUCUAGACACUCUGAAACGUCCAAAGCCAGUUGUAGACCCUUCAAGAAUUACCAAGAUGCAGCUUCAACCUAUGAAGACUGUGGUGAGGGGCAGCACCUUCGGAGUGGAGGGAUAUAUCUCUGAGAUACUGAAUGAUAUUCAGAAGCUUUCUGUCAUCAGUUCCAACACUCUGAGGGGAAAGAGCCCUGCCAGCAGGAGGAGAGCUCAGUCACUUGGACUUUUGGGAGAUGACAGGCUCCCAGAUAUGUAUCUUCAGAACCCUGAAGUCGACUGGGAAGACAAAUAUGGAAACUACCUCAACUGCAAUGGUGGAAGCAAAGCAAUCCGAAGGCAGACUAUGUGGCCAGAUUAUAAACCCAGGACAGAUGGGCAAUCUCCUCCCAAUGGUAUGGUAAUGAAAGCACAGUCCCUUGGGCCUUCAGAAUUUCAAGGUGAGGGUAGAGGCUGCUUCCAGAUCACUUCAGUUUCACAGCACCAACAACGCCCCUGUGUUCUGGUUGGGGAGAGUGACAAGGCUGAAAGAAGCUCAGAAUGCUGGCCCCAGCCUUGCUUGGUGGCACAAAUGAAUCCCAGGCCUUCUGGGGAGGGCAGCCCUUGCCCCAAAUCAAGAGAAAACAGCUUGAAGCGGAGGUUGUUACGAAGUGUGUUCUCAUCUGGUGAUUCUAAGUCAGCCUCCACCCUGCACAUAAAGUCUAAUGCUUUCUUCAGACCCCAGCACUGGGGUUCUCCACGCAGUCUUGCAACCAAAGCCCAGUCUCUUCCACCUGACCAGCCAGCACCAGAUUUAACCAGAAUGAUUUCAGAAGCUGAUACCCCACAGAAGAGCCCGAUAACUGAGACAGCAACCACACUGCAACAGGGUAGGCCGUCACCAGCUGGAUCUCCCAGAAACAGACACACUCAGACCAGUUCUAGCAACCUUCACCUGUCCCAAGACUCUUCUGCAAAAGGACAGUUGGCCAAUGAAGACCCUGUGAUUGUGACUCAUGAACAGUUCAAGGCAGCCCUCAGAAUGGUAGUAGACCAGGGGGAUCCCCGGACAUUGCUGGAGAACUAUGUGAAGAUUGGUGAAGGGUCCACAGGCAUUGUCUGCAUCGCUCGUGAGAAGCACUCUGGGCGACAGGUGGCAGUAAAGAUGAUGGAUUUGAGAAAGCAGCAGCGACGGGAACUUCUUUUUAAUGAGGUGGUGAUUAUGAGAGACUAUCAGCACGUCAAUGUGGUGGAGAUGUAUAAAAGCUAUCUGGUGGGAGAGGAACUCUGGGUGCUCAUGGAAUUUUUGCAGGGAGGAGCCCUCACAGACAUUGUGUCUCAAAUCAGACUAAAUGAGGAACAAAUUGCAACAGUGUGUGAGUCGGUGCUACAAGCCCUUGCAUACUUACAUUCCCAGGGUGUGAUUCACAGAGACAUUAAGAGCGACUCCAUUCUCCUGACCCUUGAUGGAAGGGUGAAACUCUCAGAUUUUGGCUUUUGUGCUCAGAUCAGUAAAGAUGUACCAAAAAGGAAGUCCCUGGUAGGAACUCCCUACUGGAUGGCUCCAGAGGUUAUUUCAAGGGCCCCAUAUACUACUGAGGUGGAUAUCUGGUCUCUAGGAAUCAUGGUGAUAGAGAUGGUGGAUGGAGAACCCCCCUAUUUCAGUGACUCCCCAGUCCAAGCAAUGAAGAGACUCCGUGACAGUUCUCCUCCCAAACUGAAAAAUUCUCACAAGACUUCCCCAGUUCUGAGAGACUUCUUGGAACGGAUGUUAACACGAGAUCCCCUAGAAAGAGCAACAGCACAGGAGCUUCUGGAUCACCCCUUUUUGCUUCAGACUGGACUUCCAGAGUGCCUGGUGCCCCUUAUUCAACAGUACAGGAAGCGCACCUCCACCUGCUGAUUCUGGGCAUGAGGAAAAGCCAGUGUCCCAGCACUGGAAAUGCAAUGUCUAUGCUGGAAAUACUGGUUGUACUUGACCAAGACCCAAACAGCGUCACUCUGCGAACAAUACUUAAAACUUGUCAGUAUUUUUUUGAAAGGAUGAAUGUGAAAAUUCCCCUCACAGCCUUUAGCUGCUUCCCUUUUGCUGAAGACAAUCAAGUCAGACUGUCUCCCAGUAAGACCCAGUAUCUUUCAAGAACAACAUAGAGGCAUUACAUAGCUUCUGGAAUCUCAUAUUUCUCUUACAAGAAUGGCAUUUUAAAAAUAUCUGAAUUUGUAUAUUGAAGUGUCUGCAAACUACCAAUUGGAACUAUAUUUCCCAAACAGAAAUGUGAUCUUUGCUUUUAAUAUUAGUAGUACACUGGAGUCCUGAGCUGACCUAAAAGACACACAUUUUGGGACACCGAUGUCCUAAAAAGUCUUAUCUUAAACAAUGCACAAGGAUUUAAACACUUUUUGAGACUUUUUCUCAUAUUAUUUUGUCUUGUCACAAGUGUGGACAUUGGGCCUGAGAAAGCUACCUAGAGGACAGAUGUGAUAUGAUUCAUUGGUUUCCAAUUGCCUUCAUUCUAAACUGCUUUAUUGCUAUGGAGAAUAUAUGUGGUUUAAAAAACAAAAAGAUGGUCUAUCUUGAGUCCAUUGCAUGAUCUUAUAUGUGUGGAGGGAUGACACUCCUAAGUGUCUCUUUGUCUUCUCUACUGCCUGCCACCAGAAUCCUGAAGCUGAAGCUUCAUAAUAUGUGAUAUGUGACACCACUGCCUUCUCCAACAUGGACUGAAAUGGGAGGUAAAAUGGUGCCCUCAAUAAGAAGGGUUUAAGAAAACUUAUCCUAGGAUCUACAUCCCCCUGGGUACAUUGGAUUCAUAUCAACAAAUGCUGCCUUGAAACAGGUGUUGGGUAGCACUUUGUAUCCAUUGUGAAUCCUGUAACAGGCUCAAUAAAAAGUUGAAGAUGUCCUGUUUAUCCCAUUGGAAGAUGUUUAUUUUCUUGGUGAGAAUGUUUGGCUUCCACCUCCCAAGUUUGUUACAGUGAAGGGUGUGGUUGUGUGUGGUUUGUUAUUGGCAUCUCCCCCAUCCCGAUAUAUGUACAGGUUUGUUUGUCUAAGGAGCCCCUUCAAUCUUUUCUGAAGUAAAUUUAGAAUUUUUUCAUAAGGUCAUUGAUCAGUCAGAUUGUAAAGGUCAUUUUGACUCCUAGGUCAGGUUUUAACAUGGACACUAAUGUGUUUAGAGUCAUGCAGAUACCUGAAACUUAGUCUUAUUUGUGAAACUGGGAUCCCAUUUUGCAGCCAAAUUAUGCAGAUCAUAGAAAUUUGGGUUAUUUUAGGGCACCCCAGCUGCCUUAAAAACUUCACCUCAUUCCUGUAUUUUCUUUAGGGGAUUAUCCUCCUCUUUUCCUCUACCACAGUGGUGAGCAAUAAAACAGCAGUAGUUCACCAGGGUUAGCCCCAGUGGACUGCCACCACAAUAUUUGCCUGCACUUCCACAAGUAUGGGCGAUUGCAGCUUCUGUUGGCUGCAGAUUGCCCUUCCUGGUCCAUGGGAGCUGUGGGAAGCAGCA